AUGAGUUCCGGUCCGUUGUAUCUCGGGUUCGACCUUUCGACCCAACAGCUCAAAGCCAUUGUCGUGCAAUCCGACCUAACGGUCGUCUCCGAGGCCAAGGUCGAUUUUGAUGCCGACUUCGGCAAGCAGUAUGGCCUGCGCAAGGGUGUCCUGACCAACGAGGCCGAGGGCGAGGUCUACGCCCCGGUCGCCAUGUUCCUCGAGGCCAUCGACCUCGUUCUGGAACGCCUCAAGGCCAAGACGCCGCUGGACCGCGUCAAGGGCAUCAGCGGCUCGUGCCAACAGCACGGCAGCACCUACUGGGGCAAGGACGCCGAGGCGCUGCUGGGCGGGCUGCGGGCGGACAAACCGCUUGUCGAGCAGCUCAAGCAAGCCUUCUCGCACCCCUACGCGCCCAACUGGCAAGACCACAGCACGCAGGCGCAGUGCGACGAGUUCGAUGCCAACUUCGAGACAGCGCAGCGCCUAGCCGAGAUCACCGGCAGCGCCGCUCACCACCGCUUCACCGGCACGCAGAUCAUGCGCCUCCGCCAGAAGCUUCCCGAAAUGUACGCCGCCACGUCCCGCAUCUCUCUUGUCUCCUCCUUCCUCGCUUCUGUGCUCCUCGGCACCGUAGCGCCCAUCGACAUCAGCGACGUCUGUGGCAUGAACCUCUGGGACAUCCCCGCCGGCGCCUGGAGCGAGCCGCUCCUUGAGCUCACCGCUGGCGACAAGUCCAAGGCGGCUGACCUGCGCGUCAAACUGGGCGAGCCACGGCACGAUGGCGGCGGCUCGAUGGGUCCCAUCUCCCGGUACUUUGUCGAGCGCUACGGCUUCAGCAAGGACUGCCAGAUCGCCCCCUUCACUGGCGACAACCCGGCCACUAUCCUCGCGCUGCCGCUGCGGCCCAUGGACGCCAUUGUCUCGCUCGGCACUUCGUCGACCUUCCUCAUGGUCACCCCCGUCUACAAACCCGACGCUGCCUACCACUUCUUCAACCAUCCCUGCACCCCGGGCCAGUACAUGUUCAUGCUCUGCUACAAGAACGGUGGGCUCGCGCGCGAGAGCGUCCGCGACGCCCUCACCCGGCCUGAGGGCGGCGACCCCUGGGCUAACUUCAACCGGGCCGUCCUCGACACCCCACCGCUCGACGUCCGCUCCGAGUCCGACAGGGCGAAGCUGGGUCUGUACUUUGACCUCCCCGAGAUCGUGCCCAACAUCAAGGCCGGCACAUGGCGGUACACGGCGAACCAGGACGGCAGCGACCUCGCUGAGUCCGCGGCCGCGUGGGACAAGCAGACGGACCCGCGCAUCAUUGUCGAGUCGCAGGCGCUCUCGAUGCGCCUGCGCAGCCAGAAUCUCGUGCACAGCGCCCGCGACGGGCUCCCGGCGCAGCCGCGCCGGAUCUACCUUGUCGGCGGUGGCUCCCUGAACCCGGCGAUCGCGCGGGUCAUGGGCGAUGUGCUGGGCGGCGUCGACGGCGUAUACAAGCUCGACGUUGGCGGCAACGCGUGCGCUCUGGGCGGCGCGUACAAGGCCGUGUGGGCGCUCGAGCGAGCCGAGGGCGAAAGCUUCGACGAGCUCAUUGGGAAGCGGUGGAAGGAGGAGGGCGCAAUCCAGAAGGUCGACGACGGGUUCAAGGACGGCGUGUUCCAGCGGUACCAACCCAUCGUCGGCGCGUUCGAGGAGAUGGAGAAGUGGAUCCUGAAGGUCGCCCACAACUGA